AUGAAAAUCCCCGAACCAACCCAGAGAAAUAAGUUCCGCCUCGAUAUAGCCAUAGGCUCACUUCUACUGGUGACCUUCAUUCUCACUAUUGCCCGAGUAGCCAAUAAAGGUACUCCGUCAUCAAGAGCAAACACAUGGGGUAUUGCUGUGUGCCUCAAAUCAGCCAUAUUCCUAGCCUACCAGCUAUCCACAGCCCAUGUGGAGCGUUUGAAGAGAUGGGCUAGUACUAAAGCGAGCAAGAUUCUCACCAUCGUUGAUACAGUGUUUUGGUUUGCAUUGUUCAUCAUCACGAUCAUGGGAACAUCUGGGUCGCACAGUACUAGCAGUCGGGCGUUGGGGGUGAUUAUCGCCAUACUUGUGAUUGUGUUAUGUGCAUUGAGUGCCUUUGAUGUCUACAUCUGUUUUCGUAUUCGGAGUUACUUCAAAAGACAUGGUGUCCUCCCCAAUGAAGGAGCACCCAAGCCUCUGGGAUCUGUCUGA